AUGCGCACGUAAACUUAGGGCUUGGGGAGAGCCUGGAAUCUUCUUUGGCUAUGGCGAUGACGAGCUCGUCAAGCAAGAAGACGACGAAGAAGCAGCUCGCCGGAGACGCGCCAUGGCGGUCGCGCCCCGGUGAGCCUCCGCUGCCUCGAAUUUCUCCUCCAAGCGCGAUCAUCGUCAGCAAAAGCAGGAAUUUCGACUACGCCCUCAGCAUCAUGAAGCAUCCGGAUCCAAUUGGCAUGGGAUUAGCAGAGGAGGCUAUGGUGGAGGCGGCAGGCCCGGAUUGCAUCAUCCCUGGCCUCGUCAAGCCUGUUAAAGUUCUUGGAAUCCAGGUGUGGCCGAUCGAUGUGAAGCCUCCCACAGUCAAUACCAAAGCGUUGCAACCGAUUUUCCGCGAGCUCAAAUCUCUGAGCAAGUUGCUGGAGAAAGCAGUGGAUUUGUCACAAGCACCAUUUCAAGCACGGUAGCUGUGUGUAACAGUAAGGAAAUCCACUCCAGAUAUACGAUAACAAUCACACGAUUCUUUUUUUUC